AUGAUUAACAAGAUCGCUGUAUCUCUGUCUUUGACGCUUUUGUGUUGGCAAACGUUGUUGAUCCAGAGCUUUCGAUUCGUGAGACCGCGCUUGUCAUUGUCACGGCAUCCUCGUCGCGGCAUGGCAACUCCCUCCAUCACCGAUUGGCAAUCCGACUUGCGCUUUAGUCAUGUGGAUAUUAUUGUAGACGAUCUACAGGACUUCAUCCAGAAAUGGUGUCCUCGCCUGGGGAUGGUGCCAUCCAACGUCCAAACUUGGGGCGGCCCCAACGACCCUACUUGGUCGGAGUUUGUUUUUGUCUUUGACCAGUACACGGGAGCACUGAUAUUCAUGGUAGUCGAGGGCAAAAAGGGUGCCCAUGUAGAUAUUCUCAACAAAUACGGACACGGUGCCAUUUAUCGGCUCUGUUUCAAGACGGAUGAUCUGGAAGCGUGUUUUGAUCAUCUGAAGGCCACUGGCACCAAUGUGACCAACUUGGAAGGUGAACCAUUUCAUACCUUUCAGAAUGUUCUGGAUAGUGGGAAACGAAUCUUGUGGUUGGAGCGAGAGGGAGAGCUCUCCAUGGAAAUAUUGACGGCUCCAAUCAUUGAUGCUGGAUGUGAAAAGUUACGGCAAGAAGUGGGAUUGUUACUGUCCACAACAGCCGUGACCAAGAGCUCAACCAAGACAGAUGAAGCUAUGCAGCACAAACGAUGGCACUUCGGACUUGGUGCUGUGGCUGCCGUGGGAGCAUCCUUUCUAGUCGGAGUGUUCGUUGGAAGAGCUUCACUGAUGUUCCCCAAACGGUCGUGA